AUGGUGCGUAAAUAUAUACGUAAAACUCAGCAACAAUCUUGGUCGGAAGACAGUAUGAUAGCAGCUAUACAGGAUGCCAGAAAUAAUAUACUUAGUGCAGAAAAGGCAGCAAGGCGUGAUUGGAUUUAUGGGUUUUUAACCAGAAACAAAAAUAUUUCUCUAAGACUGCCAGAAUAUACGUCAGCUGCUAGGGCCUCGUCUUUCAAUAAAUUUAAUGUAAGUUCAUUCUUUGAGCUUCUGAAAGAAAUGUUCGAGAAACAUAAGUAUCCACCCAGCAGAAUUUUUAAUUGCGACGAAACAGGUGUGUCUACGGUGGGUUGUGUUAGUUCCGCGGAAAGAGGCACCUUAACUACUGCAGAAAUUUGUUUCAAUGCCGUUGGAUUCUAUAUUCCUCCACUAGUAAUUUUCCCGCGAAUAAGAAAAUGCCCAGCACUUGAGCACGGCCUUCCCCCGGAAUCGAUCGUCGAAUAUCACCCGAGUGGGUGGAUGCAGAGUGAGAUUUUUUCUGAUGUUUGGUUUAAUCACUUCCUGAAAUAUACCAAACCCUCCGAGACUGAAUCGGUGUUACUGAUUCUUGAUGGCCAUGCAACGCACACUAAGAAUUUAACGUUAGUUGAAAAGGCAAGGGCAAAUUAUGUAAACAUAAUUGUAAUACCUCCACAUACAUCCCACCGGCUACAGCCAUUAGAUGUUACCUUCAUGUUUCCGCUCAAUACGUACUAUGAACAAGAAACGAAGAAAUGGUUUCUGAAUAAUCCUGGGAAGGUGAUAACAUUAUAUCAAGUCGGAGAACUGUUUGGUAACGCAUUUAAACGGGCCGCAAAUGCACAAAAUGCUAUUAAUGGCUUCAAAGCCACUGGAAUUUAUCCAUAUAAUCCGGAUGUAUUUCCAGAGGAACUAUUCAAACCGGCAGAGACUACUGACAGACUACCAGAGGAUGAGCGUCCAAACACUCCGCAAUCAGUUCUACUUGAGAAUAGAUUUAAUGAAAUAAAUCAGUUUCCACAACCAGGGCCCUCUAGAGUUAAAUCCCCGUCUCCUAUAGUCCAUUCAGAACUAAAAAAUCACAAGCUGUAG